AUCCUACACCUGUUUCUGUCACCGUUCCUGGCCUUCCUCGCGGUUUUCUAGUGCAUGCUAACCCUCAAGUCUCUAGUCGAGUUGUUAUCGUUCUGACGUUCUCUGAUCUCAGUCAUUUUCAUGUAGCGUGGAGGCGGGGAGGUUUAAUUAGUUUGGAUUAGAUCUCCUCUCUCGAUACGGGCCGUUAGGUCACUCAUUAUUUUACCUUUUCCCCCGAAUCUUUUGUGAAGCCUAGGAGGAAGAGGGGAGUGAUACCGUGCUUAAGGCUUUGUCACUGGUGCGGAGAUCGAUCGAGCUUAGGUGCAUAUUGUGUUUGUUAUAAUAACGAUUUGCUUCCUUUUGACUGGAAACGAGGAAGCCGCAUCUCAAGAGCAGGGCUCGACGUCGCCUAGAGGAGAGCAAAAGGGCGCUCUCAACUCCAGUCCUUCCUUCCGUCGUUCCCUUCCCUCCUGUAAUCUUCGCUUCCUCCGGUUUCUUCUCUUUUUUCUGGACCAAAGGUCGAGUCUUGUGACGCAUAGCUGAGUUCUUGACCAUCAAGGAUGCCGCAGUACCGGCAGCAGGGUCAGUGGAGGCUGGAGGGCCGCGGGCAGGUCAUAGAUCUGCAGACUGCCGUUAAAGAUGGGAUCCUUGGCGGCCGCAGCGGCGGAGGCCUCUUGGCAGAGAAAGACGGAACCUUGGUGACAGCAGCGGAGAAGUUCGACCUCAAGAAGAUGGUCGACGAACUCGACUCGGCGGUGGGAGAGGACGUGCCCUCGGUGUUUAUCUGCCCCAUCUCACUCGAGCCCAUGGUGGAUCCUGUGACACUCUGCACCGGUCAGACUUACGAGCGCGCCCACAUCCUCAAGUGGAUCUCGCUCGGGCACCUCAACUGCCCCACCACCAUGCAGGAACUCUGGGACGACGAUGUCACUCCCAAUCACACCCUCCGCCAGUUGAUCCUUGCUUGGUUCUCGCAGAGGCACCUGCUCUCGAAGAAGAGAUCCGAGGAUGUCCAAGGCCGCGCCGCCGGGCUCGUCCAAAGCCUGAAGAAGGCCAAGGGGCAAGGCCGAGUUCAGGCUCUCAAAGACCUUCUAAAGCUCAUCCUCGACCAACCUUCGGUUGAAAAGACAGUAGCGGACUCCGGCGGCGUCACGCAUCUUUCUUCUCUCCUUGGCCCAUUCACUUCCCACGCCGUUGGCUCCGAGGUGAUCGCCAUUCUUGUAAAUCUUAGGUUGGGAACCGAUGCGAAGACUAAUCUGAUGCAGCCUGCGAAAAUUUCGCUCGUUGGGGACAUGCUAAAUGAAGGAACGAUCGAUACUAAGAUCAAUUGUACUAAGUUCAUCGAAAUGCUGAUGGGGGAGAAGAGCUUCCGGUCAGAGUUUGUAUCAAGCCCCAGUCUUUUGGUGGCGCUGUUGAGAUUGGUGAAGGAUGAACGACAUCCAAACGGCAUUGCGGCGGGGCUUAGCUUGCUCAAAUCAGUCUCCUUCCACGAGCAUGUCCGGAGCUUAAUUGUCAGCAUCGGAGCCGUACCUCAGCUCGUGGAGCGACUGCCAAAUCUGCUUCCUGAUUGCUUGGAACCAGCUUUGCACAUAUUGGAUAAUCUCUCUGCAACUGCAGAAGGCCAAAUGGCAUUGAAGAAUUGCCCUCAAACCAUUCCAAUUGCCGUGAAGCUUCUGAUGACAUCUGAAGCUUGUACGCGACAUGGGGUGUCUAUAUUGUGGAACAUCAUUAACCUUGCCCCUGAUGUAUGUGCUUCACUUGCCAUAGAAGCCGGUCUGGGUGCGAAGCUAUUGUUUGUCAUCCAGAGUGGUUACGAUGCAGAGCUAAAACAGAGGGCUGCCUAUCUAUUGAAGCUCUGUAGCCUCAAUUAUACCACUACCCUCUUCAUGUCAAAAUGCAAGCUAACCAGGACAAUUCAAUAACAGAAGAUGACCAUUGUACAAUGCUUUCAAUUUGUUUCUAGAACUUGAUGAAUCUCUGGCGAUGCUUAAUUUUUGAGUUGGACCGGCUACAUUAAUUGCUAAUGGAAGCAAAGAAGUAGAUGUACUGGAAGAACAAUGGCCGACAUAUUGCUUCUUCUCAGAUGUACAGUGUGUAUACUUGUAGAUCUCAUUCAUGCAACAAGAAGAAAGCAUAUGUACAUAAGAGCAAAGCUCGGAUCCAAUGCUCAGUGAUGUAGAUGUUGUCUCAUUAAGUUGGUCAGUCUCGGUUACCAGGUAUCAUUGUUACCUGUGAUUGUAGUGAUUAAUUUUCAGAACGUGGGUUUGGGGAGAGAUUGUAAUAUUCUUUCUGUAAUUGUUAAUUUAAACUGCUAGAAAUUAACAACUUCAUUCUGUUUCA